CUUCCUCUGCGUCACUGCGCCGGCGCGGGAUACGCGUGUUGCCGCGCGAGGCGGAGUCGUGCUGUGUGCGGGUCUCUACGCGGGUCAAGGGCUUACGGCGGGCUUGCUGCGGCGAGGGUGGCAUGUCAGACAACGAGGACAAUUUUGAUGGCGACGACUUUGAUGAUGUGGAGGAGGAUGAAGGGUUAGAUGACUUGGAGAAUGCUGAGGAGGAAGGCCAGGAGAACGUAGAGAUACUCCCCUCUGGGGAGCGACCGCAGGCCAACCAGAAGCGAAUCACCACACCAUACAUGACCAAGUAUGAGCGAGCCCGCGUGCUGGGCACCCGAGCUCUGCAGAUCGCGAUGUGUGCCCCCGUGAUGGUGGAGCUGGAGGGGGAGACAGACCCUUUGCUCAUUGCCAUGAAGGAGCUCAAGGCCCGGAAGAUCCCCAUCAUCAUUCGCCGCUACCUGCCUGAUGGGAGCUAUGAAGACUGGGGGGUAGACGAGCUCAUCAUCACUGACUGAGCUGGGGUCAUCCUGACCUCACCCCUGCUCACUUUCAUCCUCACUUUAUAUGACAGCUGUAAAUAAUAAACUAUUCAACCUUCCAA